CAGUUUUACACAGAGCUUUAUCACACUGCUAUCGUACCUGUAAACGAUUCCGGUUUCCUACAAAAGCGACCGCACGCGAAUAAACCAAUCAACUGUUUUUUUCCGGAUUCAGUGCGUAAUUCGACGCGAUUGUGUAAAGCGAUGGUUUUUCUUGUGACACUUUCUAUGCUAGCAAUAUUUUCGACCGUUUGCCACUGUUCGGAUGCAGAUUUCUACGAAACCUUUUUCGAUGAACCGUCUGAUACGGGUAGCCGUAACGCUCUACGACUAGCCGCUUACAAGUGGCCAAACGGUAUUGUGCCAUAUCUCUUCGAUGACAGCAGUUGCGAUCAAAAAUAUCAGGCUACUGUUUUGGAUGCGAUGAGCGUACUCGAGCAGGCCAGUUGCGUACUGUUUAUACCCAAAACUGAUGAACAGGUGGAACACAUACGAUUCACCAAGUCCAAAUUGGGCUGUGGUUCUUCGAUUGGAUACCGGCCGGACCAGCGUGAGCCACUCGAUGUCGUGUUGGAUGAUUUUUGUCUCAGUCUACCAGGAGCGGUGCAACAUGAGCUGCUACAUGUACUCGGACUGUUCCACGAACACACGCGACCGGACCGAGAUGAGUACGUAGAGGUUCUGUGGGACAACAUCAUGCCAGAAUUUCGACAAAAUUACCACAAAGGAUCGUACGAUUACAUGGAGACGUUCGGACUACCAUACGACUACCGAAGCGUAAUGCACUAUCCGACGUAUGCUUUCGCACGACCAGGUACAACCGAAACAAUGGUUUCCCGCCAGAAUCGCAGCGCCGAACUGGGCCAAACGGAUGCCGCCAGUCCACUGGAUUUGGAGAAGAUACGACGGAUGUAUGAGUGCUGAAAUUUCGUUUUAGCUGUACUUUAUUGCUAGAAAAAAAAGGGCACAUUGCUUCAAUUUGAUUUGAUCAUAUUCGAUAAAAUAUAUUCAGUGAAUAGAUGAAGCCGCUAGGGGGUAGUACGUAAUUGUUUGGAUGUUCCGACAGACUUUACAUGCGGGAUUUCAUCUUUUCUAGUAGUAGCUGCAAGCACCGCUUCUGUGAUUCGAGUUGAGUUACUUCUGCGAGAUGUUCGGUGUACGAAAAGAUUUGUUGCUGGAAGAUAAAUUUAUACAUGGAUAAAAAAGUAAGGAAACUGUAAGUUCAAUAAAUUUUAUUGUCUAUAGUAAGUUUACUUACCAACUGCUUCGCAUCCAAUGUGUUUCGAUGCUUGGCCGCCAGGUUCCACAGGUUGUAGGUGAGUGUAAA